UCUAAAAUGUCAAAUAGAUAGGUUUAUUUUCAUGGGGAUAUUUUUAGGAUAGGAAAAAUGACUCGAAAUUUUCGUCCGGUAGCCUUAGACUUUGGCUUAGCUUCAAAAUAUUUAAAAUCAGUAAUAAAAUAUGACUCAGUGUUACAGCGUUUCCCAUAUAGUAAGGCUUGUGAAUACAAAAGAACUACCCCACCACGGCAUUUAAUCUGUUUCAAACAAUGGACUGGACAAAUGGUAUUAAAUAUUAUACUCAGUGCUUUAAAUCUGAAAUGCCGAAUGAGAGAUACCCACAACAAGAGAUUGGAUAUAAUACCUAACGCAAAAGUGAUGAUUCUCCAAGAGGUCAACGAACCGAUGCUGACUAUGGCUGUCUCGAAAGCAGCGACCCUGCUUGGAGCAUCCGAUGUAGGCAUAAUCGAGAAUAUGUCUUGGGAACAAGAUUAUCAUGGCAGAAUAUUCUCAGACAUGGCGGAUAUAAUAUUUAUAUCGACGAGAACACAUAUGUGUGUCCAGCGGUUUGCUAACAAAUCCUCCGUGCCAGUGCUAUGUAUGAAGUCCAGGACACAUGCCAGUUUGCAGUCUCUAGCCACCGUCAUGGCUAUCAUGGAAGAAUUUGGCACAAUGCAAGGAAUCAACUUGUCCUACGUGGGGCCUACGCAUCCAAUCCUCAACUCUUAUCUCUUGCUGUGCCCAAUGCUUGGGGCCAAUAUCAGAUUCAAAUGUUGCUGUAAGAAAUGUCCAGUCACCCCUUUCCUGUUCGACGCAAGUAAGGCAAUGUGCGCAUACACAGGGACGGAGGCUCGCCAAUGCGCGGAAACUAAGGACGCCAUAAGAAACGCGUGCGUCGUAGUAGCAGGCCCGACUCCUAAGAAAGCUGAGAAACUACCAGACUUUAUGCUGGCAACUACAGAUAUCAACAAAGAAACAUGUUUCCGCUGGAUAUUCUUCCACACCUGUCCAAGAGGGGAGGAAGUCGAUGACUUAUUAUUCUGGAAUGAAAAUGCCAAGACCUUCACAGCAUUCCAGAAUAUGCACUACAUCGCUGCUGCGUUAAUGGCUUACCAUUGCCGAGAUUAUUUGUUUUAAAGAGGAACAUUAAUUUAUUCAGAUUUGGGAAUACGGUCAGGCCAGGGCGGCAAGAGACCCUCUAUUAACUAGGUAAUUUGACAAGGUUCUACACUAUUUAUGUGUAAGUGAAAUUACAAGAGAAUAUUUUGAUUCUUAAAAUUAUAUUUCGAUUGAUGUAACUUUUGUACAGUAUCUCUAACAUACAUACAAAAGUUUGGCAUAAUAUUUUAGUGGUUUGUGUGUGAUUUUUUAUUGAAUUUAACUACGUAACUAAUGAGGUACUGAAGGUACUGUUUUUAUAUAAAUUAUUUUAUUAUCCUGAUUCAUGCUAUAUUAACAGUGUAUUAAUAAAAUAGUAGUUAAUUUUA